CUCUUCGAGUGUAAUGGGAUUCCGUCGUCACUGCGACGCGGCGGCGGCAGCGGUUCUGAUUGUGUUCUGCCUGCAGCGUUCCGUCGUCGGAAGAGCAGAACGCGUUGCCAGUCAAAAAUGUCGGCAAUUCAUCGAACAAAACACGCGAAAAUCGUACGGGGGCCAUUUACUGCUGGACGCGACGGUGCACGAAAUUUCCAGUCCCAAUUGCACCAGUUCCGUCGAUCUGAUCGUGAACGGUGAGGAAGCGAUCCCAAAUGAGUUUCCCCACCAGGCGCGACUUGGCUACGCCAGUAAGGAUCCGGCCGUGUCCCAGACGAUAGCCUAUCUCUGCGGAGGAUCGCUCAUUAGCGACCAGUUCGUACUGACAGCGGCCCACUGCGGGAAGCCGAAGGUUGUCAUGCUGGGAGAGCACAACACAGAGGAGCCGGGAGACGAAGUUGAGUUCGAUGUAGGGGCAUUUAUCAAACAUCCGAAGUAUCGGCUGUCCAAGUCGUAUCACGAUAUUGCACUGGUCAAAUUAGCUGAAGCUAUUUUUCAAUUUUCCUAUAUAAUUCGACCGGCUUGUUUGUGGACAACUACGCCGUUGAACGUGAGCAAGGUUGUUGCAACUGGUUUUGGGUUAACGGAAUUUGGUGGGAACUCUUCGACAGUGCUGAUGAAGGUCCGGUUGGAUCUUUUGAGUAGCACGGAAUGCGGUGAGAAGUAUGAGUUUCACGCGAGAUUUCCUGAUGGUGUCCAAAGCGAGCAACUCUGCGUGGGCAGUCAGAAGGGCGGCAAGGAUACCUGCCAGGGAGACUCCGGUGGACCGCUUCAGACGGUGACGGACGUACGCACCUGUGCUUAUCAUAUCGUUGGAGUUACGUCCAUCGGUAGCGUCUGUGGCACCGGAAGGGCAGAGGCGGUGUACGCCCAAGUCGCGAGCUACAUCGAUUGGAUCGAGCAAAACGUUUGGCCCGAAGACUAUCGAAGCUACACGAGAACUCAAGUGUCAAAGGAUCGAAUUAUUUUCCCGGUUGAUUGAUCUAUUUGUAAGUUAGAAUUGAAUAAAAUAACAUAAUCAAAUAAAGUAUAAAUU